AUGUCAUCCCUCUUCAAAUAUUCUGCGGUUCUGUGGACCACCAAGGCGUGUGAGCACUGUCACAGAUUGAAGAGAGAGAAGAAGAAGGCAUUCAAGUCUCAAAUGCACUUCAUGAUUCAGAACAUUGAGAAGGCAGCCCUGCUCUCUGAGCAUGUCAAUCUGCUUACCACUGAGGUGGAACCCGAGACAGCAGACCAGGAAAUGCGGGAUUUUGAGGUGCAGAUUGACCUGGCUGAGAGGGAGCAGUGA